CUGUCCGCCCACGUCUCCCCAGCCGGUACCGGCGUGGGAGUUUCGGGCGCUGCGUGAGCCCCCCACGGCUGAGAGCCCCGGGGUCAAAGCCCGCCACUGCCCUUCUGCCAUCCCCGGCGCUCCCCGGGUCUGUUCGCUCCGGCAAGGCAGCUCCUGUGGCCGCCGUGCUCCGCACCCAGUGCGCAGGAGGGAAGGGAGCAGCCCCGACGGCAGAACUUCCCCCCAGGUCUCCCAGUAACGGGGAGCUCAGCUCCUGAGUCAGGGACGCGCAGAGCGUUCGUGCCAGUCUCGUAUUCAGGGGAAGACCAUGCCGCUGUGCCCGGGGACCGCUGUGACACAAGCCAACCGCAGCCCUUAACCCGUUAACCCUUGCCCCGCCGACGAGCGCGCUGCGCCUUCCCGGCAGACGGCGUUUGGGACUGCCCGGGGAGCGCAGUGGUUGGACGGUAGCAGUGAGAUAGUCCCCUCAGGGUGCUGCUGAGAGAGCCGACCCCGGAGAGCGGGGUGAGCGCCGAGCCCGGCGGCUCCUGGCCAGCCGCUGCAGCCGGCUAAUAUCGUGCCACGCCGAAACCGGAGAACUAGACCGAGAGAGCCCGGCGGCGCAGCCCAUGGGAUCAGAGCGGAUGGAGAUGCGCAAACGGCAGAUGUCUACGACCCAGGAGACGCCAGGUGCUGCCCCCGCCCAGCACAGCACAGGGAACCGGGGGUCCAACGCCUGCUGCUUCUGCUGGUGCUGCUGCUGCAGCUGCUCAUGUCUUACUGUUAGAAAUCAAGACGAAGAGAGAGCAAGGAGAACAUCUCAUGAACUCCAAGCAGAGGGUAUUCCAAACUGUGAGGAAAGCCCAGCUCCUACUCUUGAAGAAGUAAAUGCCUGGGCUCAAUCGUUUGACAAGUUGAUGCUUACUCCAGCUGGCAGAAAUGCUUUUCGUGAAUUUCUACGAACAGAAUUCAGCGAGGAAAACAUGCUUUUCUGGAUGGCCUGCGAGGAACUAAAACAGGAAUCCAACAAAAGUGUCAUUGAAGAAAAAGCAAGACUAAUUUAUGAAGAUUAUAUUUCUAUCCUUUCUCCAAAAGAGGUCAGUCUGGACUCCAGAGUACGAGAAGUUAUUAACCGAAAUAUGCUGGAACCCUCACAACACACCUUCGAUGACGCACAGCUUCAAAUUUAUACCUUAAUGCACAGAGACUCCUACCCUCGGUUUAUGAACUCUGCUAUUUAUAAGGACUUGCUUCGGUCCUUAUCUGAAAAAUCCAUUGAAGCAUAGGAUUUUUUUUCUUAAACGUUAUUUAUUUUAAAACAAAUGGAACUCCGGGCUACGCCAAUUCACAGGGAAUUUAGAAUUAAACAGAUAUUUACCUGAAAAUAACUCAGGCAAGUUUUACUACGGACUGAAUGACUUAAACCCGCACAAGGCUCUGACACAAUCAGCUAACUACAGUUUCUGAUCAAAUUCAGUGUUAUUUUGCAAAUGAAAAUGAAGAGAAUGGACAGAAAGCGGUGGUGUUCAAAAAAUGCAGUAUUUUUUCAAAUGCAGCACGCAACUCAGAUGCAAAUCUGUUACAACGUAUGUCUGAGGUACAAAUGCCAACUGAGCAUGAAAAUUUAAUUUUAUUUUUAAGUGGAGUGUUGAAAAUUUUCUUGGAAACCAAACCAGUUGCCACAUCCACACUGGGAACAAGCUGAAAACAGUACCGUCAAUAUCUGGGUUAUGCUAGACAACGUUUCACAUAUUGGAUGGAUCGUACCUGGCACGGGUACACUCCACUCGUCUUGGUAAAUUUAAUUCGUAUACGGUGUGCUAAUGGAAAUCAGUAUGGCAACCUCAAGCUCCUGAAAGCUAAUGGUUGAAAUAAUGCUGCCUAUAAAAAUCUUUUGCUGAAGAAUUGUUAUUUUACUACUAGAGUCUGCUGAAAGCAUUUUUAAGUUCAUAUUGUUGAUGUUUAUAAAGUUAAAUUAUUUACUUAAGAGGAAGAAAAGUCUGGGCAUUUGAAUUCCUAAAUAAAGCACAAGAAUUCUCACAUAUUCUUCUCUUCCCUUGGUAGGUAGAUGUAAAAAACAUUUCAGUAUUUGCUCCUGACAGGAUGGCAGUAUCAGCCAUCUUGGGUUUGUACACAUUAAAUUCUCCUCUGUUACCUGA